AUGUCCCUGUCCUCCUCGUCUUCCUCGUCGGACGCGGAUUUUGCUACUACUCUUGUGUUCAUAGCUUUUAAGCCUAACGAUGCGUACUCGCCUGAGCUGUUUCAGCGCGUGGUGGACGAUACGAGGCGGAAAUACCAUACGAUAUGUCAGUGGCACGGUACGACCAUCGAGAAGCCCCACAAGCUCUACUGGUACACCGCCACCAACACCGCCCUCCCCACCGCACCAACAUCCGCCCUCCUCAAAACCAUCUCCCCUCUAACAUCUUCACCGCCCACCGCAUUCGCAAUAACGAUGCACCGGCCCCUCGCGCCCGUCCUGCGCUCGCCGGUCACGAUCUCCGCUAUAAUGGAUCUGGCGGACGGUCAACCGGAGACGGUUGCGGAGGAUAUGGUGAACCAGACGGCCGAUAUGCAGCAUGGGAUGAAGGGGUUCGUUGAUUGGACGUAUGGGAUUAGCGGGGACGGGAGGAGGGUGGUGUAUAUGGGCGGGUGGGAGAGCGUCGAGGUGCGUUCGCGAUGUCGUUCUCCGGGCGCUUGUUGCACCUUGCUCUUCCGCGUGCCAUUCCGUCCGAAGUUCGACUGGGCGCUGACGCUCGCGCGAUUGCAGGAUUCGCUGAACUUGGCGAGCUUUGAGAGGGAGGAGGACGCGAGGCUCGUGGAAGCGGCCGAGGAGACGUUCGCGCUCUUUUCGUCGGUGCUGAUACAGCACGUCGCGUUCGAAGAGGCGGGCUCGGAGCGGGAUGGGAGCGACUCGGAGGCGCUCGAUUCGCCGCUGUAG